CACUUUUCCUUUGCUUCAGAUCACCUUCUCACCUUUAUACUCUUGAGGAACCUGCUCAUUCAGAGAACGACCCGAAGAAAUGGUACGUUGUCUGGCUAAACACUAUCCGCCCCGUUGGCAGCAGCUUAGCUGAAGGAACUCCGCCUGGCGCUUCCAACCCCUGUAGGCGAACCAGUCGCAGAAGCGAAUUGUGCAAGAGAAUGCAGCGCGGAUGGCCAAAAUGGACAAGGUAUACCUGCUGGUAAACGGUCUUUACAUCGUAGUGCGGUUCUUUUUCCAGUACAGCAGCAUCAACUGGACUGAAAGCAUUAUGUACUUUUUGUCGCUGGCGCUCGAGUCGUUCCUGUACGUGAACCUGUACCAGGUCUCGCGGCCGCGGUAUGACGCCAGUGGUGUUUUGAUGGACGCCGGCACGGACCUGGGCCAGCCCGGCCUGGUCUCGUACAUUUUUGACUUUAUCUACAUCUCGUGGGCCACGCAUGUGCUCAGCCUGGCCACAAAGUGGGCGUGGGGCCUGUACAUGGUGAUUCCGGCCUACGCAGCUGUGGUGUUUGGCCCGUACGUGCGCGAUUUCCUGCUGCCCAAGGGCGACGGUGCGGCCUCAAAGGAGGAUGAGACUGAGCAGGAGCGCAAGCGGCGAGAGAAGAAGGAGCGCAAGAAGAACCGCGUAAAGUACAUGCGCUAAAGUAAACGUCUCAGUGCCUUUUUGCCGACAAAGAAUAUAUUGAAGUCAAAUCGCG